AAUAAUGUCCGGGUGAACAAACCAUGUCGGGAAGACGGUAAGCUAAAAGAACGGCAUAUUUUGGACAAAAUGACGAUACAACAAUUGCUAUCCAUGGACUGUAAGUUAGUAAGUUAACAGUUAUGAUAUCCUGCAAGUGACUGAAUCUUAGCUAACUUGUUUAAAGCUAUUUGGAAGUUACCAUACAUGUUUGUUGAAGUAGCCUAUAGAGACCAGGAUACACCUUGCUACAUAAUGAAGAUGAGUCUUCUAACUCGCACUACCGAGGAGUUCAGCUCCACUGAGUACUGGGAACACUUCUUCAAGAAGAGAGGAGAGAAGGCUUUUGACUGGUAUGGAGACUACAACAAACUCUGUGGCAUGCUGCUGAAAUACAUCAAACCUCGGGAUAAGAUCUUGGUGGGGGGUUGUGGUAACUCUGAGCUGAGUGAGCAGCUGUAUGACGUCAGCUACAGACAUCUGACCAACAUUGACAUCAGUGAGACGGUGGUGAAUCACAUGAACCAGAAGAAUGCCAAGCUUCACCAAGACCUGACCUUCCAGAAGGUGGAUGCCACACAGACACCCUAUGAGGACGGAAGCUACCAAGUUACACUGGACAAGGGGACACUGGACGCCGUGGCCUCCCAGGAGGAGGGGGUUCUAGCUGGGAGGAUGCUGGCUGAGUGCCUCAGGGCAGAGAGUGUGAUUGGCUUUAUGGCUCAGCUGAGGGUCGUGGCCAACUAGCAGCUAGUGCUAACUUCAGGUGACUGGACAGAUGCAUCGCCAUGACAGCCAGUCAGAGCUCUCUCCCAUGGGGAUGGAACUCGCCCCCCACUGGGAUGCCAGCCAAUCAGCAGUUUUCCCCCUUUCUCCAUCCCUGGCCCCGUCUCUCUCCCUGUAUAUGUUCCGUUCCUGUCGGUGGGAGGUGAGCCAGGUUGGAGGGAGGUAGUGAGUCGUGGUAACAGUGUUCUGAGUGGUCAGUACUCUGUAGAGGAUCUGAGAGGAGAGGACGGUCAUCUCUACUGCAGACUAGUGUUCCUGUUUAAUGAUGGACUGGUCCAGUCAGAGAGCUGCCUCACUGACCCCACAACCACAGCAGCCUCCUCUCAGAAGAUGAGCAGAAGGAAAGCCCUCUGCCCCUCCCCCCGUGCCCUCUCAGACACCAGGUGGCACCCUGGCGGGGGAUAAGGGUUUGGUCUGUUGUGCCCACCACAGGGUCAUGGUGGCUGGCCUUGCCAUGCUAGGGGUGGGCUCCAACCACAACAAAGAUGUCCUAGUGUCAGUGCUCCUGGUGGGGCUGGGUGGAGGAGGGCUGGAGCUGGACCCUGCGGUGCUGGACCUGAAGGUUGCAUGAGGAGAGGAGGAUGAGAAGGAGGAGAAGAGGGGAAGACCUUGUGAACAAGUAUCAUGAUCUCAUACUUUACUGUAUACAAAAUAAAAUCAAGUAAAGAAUGUUUUAUUCUCAAA